AUGCUUCCAGUCCAGAUUCUGAAGGACUCUGCUCAAGAAGAGCGUGGUGAGAGCGCUCGUCUCAGCUCAUUCGUGGGUGCUAUCGCCAUUGGAGACCUUGUGAAAUCCACACUAGGACCGAAGGGAAUGGACAAAAUCCUUAUUAGUGGAAACCCUGAAAGCGCCGGAGGUAUCAAAGUCACCAAUGACGGAGCUACGAUUCUUAAAUCCAUUGGAGUUGAUAACCCAGCCGCAAAGGUUCUUGUUGACAUGUCUAUGACUCAAGAUCAUGAGGUCGGGGAUGGUACUACUUCAGUCACUGUUUUGGCUGCUGAACUACUCAAAGAAGCUGAAAAACUUGUUAACCAACGCAUUCAUCCACAAACCAUCAUCACUGGAUACAGACGUGCUCUUGGAAUCGCUCAAGAAGCACUGAAGAAGUCUAGCAUCGAAUCUGGGGACAAUAUUCGAGAGGAUCUUUUGAAGAUUGCUCGCACAACUCUUGGUUCAAAGAUUCUCAGUCAACACAAGGAACACUUUGCCCAACUGGCCGUAGAUGCAGUUCUGAGACUGAAAGGAUCCGGAAAUUUGGAUGCUAUUCAAAUCAUUAAGAAGCUUGGAGGAUCAAUGAACGAGUCUUAUCUUGAUGAAGGUUUUCUUCUUGAGAAACUCCCAGGAAUGUACCAACCAAGAAGAAUGGAGAAAGCAAAGAUUCUUAUUGCAAAUACUCCUAUGGAUACCGACAAGGUGAAAGUCUUCGGAUCGAGAGUCAGAGUGGAUGGUGUUGCUAAAGUUGCGGAACUUGAGGCUGCUGAAAAACUCAAGAUGAAGGAGAAGGUUGACAAGAUUCUUAGUCACAACUGCAACGUUUUCAUCAACCGUCAAUUGAUCUACAACUACCCAGAACAGCUUUUCGCUGACGCAAAAGUGAUGGCUAUUGAACAUGCGGAUUUCGAAGGAAUCGAGAGACUGGCUCUUGUUCUUGGAGGAGAAAUCGUGUCAACAUUCGAUUCUCCAGACACUGCUCAGUUUGGAUAUUGUGAAUUGAUUGAAGAAAUCAUGAUUGGAGAGGAUAGGCUCCUUCGAUUCUCUGGAGUAAAGCUUGGAGAAGCGUGUUCAGUUGUUCUCCGUGGAGCUACUCAACAGAUUCUCGAAGAGUCCGAAAGAUCUCUUCAUGACGCUCUCUGUGUUUUAGUAACCCAUGUGAAGGAAUCCAAAACUGUUGCCGGUGCUGGAGCCAGUGAGAUCCUCAUGAGCACUGCUAUCGCAAUGGAGGCUCAGAAGGUUGCCGGUAAAGAAGCUCUUGCCGUUGAAGCUUUCGGAAGAGCUCUUGCUCAACUGCCAACAAUCAUUUGCGACAACGCUGGACUUGAUUCGGCAGAGCUGGUCACAAGACUCCGUGCAGAGCAUGCCAACGGACGACAUAACUUCGGAAUUGAUAUCGAGAAGGGAGAGAUCGCUGAUGUGACCAAGUUGGGAGUCAUCGAGUCGUACAACGUCAAAUUGUGCAUGGUUUCUUCUGCUGCGGAGGCUACUGAACAGAUCCUUCGUGUUGAUGCUAUCAUCAAAGCUGCCCCUCGCCCUCGUGCACAAGAUAACCGUCCAUGCUAA